AUGUUCAGGAAGCGCGUAUCUCUUAAAUGUGGUGGCGUUCAGCUCUUAAGCUCGACUACUCGUACCGCGGUCUCGCCACUCCGCCGUCUCAGGAUUAACCCUCCACCAGGCCGUGACCUUGGGGCACCACAUGCUGGUCGGAACUAUGCAACCACUUCGAAUCUGCCAGGGCAUGAGUAUUCAUGGCCAGGGGCACCAUCAUUUACACCAUAUGAAGUCUUUAAUUUGGAUCAUGCCGCUCCGUAUUCAAAGAACCUUUACUACGACCUCGUGAAGAUCUACCACCCAGAUCGACCCUGCAAUGAGCAUCGUCUUUGUCGAGGCCUAUCACCUGAAGUUCGCCUUAAGCGGUACCACAUUGUCGUAGCAGCUCAUGAAAUCCUUUCCGAUCCCAAUAAGCGAGCUGCAUAUGACCAGUUCGGCGCUGGAUGGAAAUACGGGCCGAAACGGUAUAACACCACAGCUGAGGCAUCUGCAGAAUGGGGGCCAUAUGGGCCAGCGAUUUAUGCAAACGCUACGUGGGAAGACUGGGAACGGUGGAAUAACCGACACGAGAAGCAGCAGCACGUUGUUGAUCACCGCACUUUCACACGGCUUGUGAUUCUUCUCGUUUUAUUUGGAGGCGCUGUCCAGGCAUCGUGGAUCUCGCAGCAACAAACUGGUUAUGAAGAGCGACUUCGCGAGGUCAACCAAGAAUCGUCGAGGUUCCUGUCCGGUCGUCGGAAGCAUACUGUGGAUCAGAUGCCUUCCAAUGAUGCUCGCGUGCAGAGUUUCCUCGUUCGGAGAGAUCCGACUGGAGCGGGUCUCAAAGAAGAAGAACAGCCUGUUUAUCAGAGAGAACUUCAUCCCCGCCGUGAAGGACCCGAAGGUGACGCGACAAAUACACAUCAUAACAGAAGAAAUCCCAUAGAAAGUGGGCAGAAAACCGAGUUUUCAGGGCCCAGAAGGUGUCCAUGA